AUGGCACCACUCAAGAAAGCCGAACCCUUCAAGAAAGCCCUGUACUUUUCAGAGGCCGAGUUUAAAGAGCGUCAGCGACGGGCUCUGGAGCUCAUGGAAAGAGAGAAGCUCGAUGGUUUCCUCAUCACCAAACAAGAAACCCUUUACUACUUGACCGGCUUUGAUACUUUUGGCUAUGUCUUCUUUCAAGCCAUGUACUUCCACAAUGAUGGUUCCAUGCGUUUGAUCACUCGUAUCCCCGAUCUGCGCCAGGCCCUGUACACGUCAACCUUGGGCCAAAAAGAUGUCCUUAUUCGAUCCGACGACGCCGGAAGCAAUCCAGUCUCAUUGGUUCCAAAGGUCUUGAAGGAGUUUGGAAUCAACUCGCCCUCGAAACGAAUCGGUUAUGAACCCGAUUCUUGCUCUCUGACUCACCGCUUGGGGAAAGCAUUAGAAGCAGCUAUUGACGGCCUGUGCGUGCUCGUCGAUCAAAGCGAUCUGUUUACCCGCGAGCUUCGCAUUAUCAAAUCGGAAACCGAAAUGCGCAAGGUUCGAAAGGCCGCGUAUCUUGCCGAUUUUGCUCUCGUGCGUGCCCUUAAGCUGGCCAAACCCGGCGCCUAUGAAGGCGACUUAUGGCGUGAAAUCACUGGCACUGUCUAUGAGGGUGGCGGGGAUGAUCCUGCAAAUGAGAAUAUCCUUGUAUCCGGUAACAAGGCCGUUCUCACCCGUUAUUCGACGGGUAAACAAAAGAUCGAUCGCCAGCUCACGCUCGAGCAUGCUGCGGUUUAUAAGCAUUAUCAUGCGUGUCUAAUGCGCACAAUUCCUAUUGGCGGAAUUACAAAGCUGGCUCGAGAAAUGCACCGGAUCAAUGUCCUUCAAAUGGAGGCCGCUAUGGAAGCCCUCAAACCAGGAAAAGAGAUUGGCGAUGUGUUCGAAGCUUACGCUCGUGUCGCGGACGAGAAUGGCUUCCGGGACCAACGUUUUAAUAGUUGCGGCUAUAGCUUGGGUGCCACUUUUUCGCCUACGUGGAUGGAUUUCCCCAUGUUUGUGCGAGGCCAAAACGUGGUUGCUCAGCCUGGGAUGGUGUUUUUCAUUCAUAUCAUCCUGAUGGAUAAGGCGACUGAUACUGCCAGCUCAGUUGGCCAGACGGUGGAAGUAACCCAAGACGGAUGUGUUCCGCUGUCUAAGCUUCCGUUCUGCCUUACACGAAGACAGACUAUUGCCGCUUGGAAAAAGGUCCGAAAGGAGGACUAUGGGUUCAGUGCUGAGGAGAUCGAUGACGGGGAGAAUCUCCAAGACGUCGAUCUCAGCGACGGGGAUGUUGAUGAGGAGGACUACGAUGUUGAGUACGAUUUCGGUGACUACCAGUCAGCAACUGCACUUGGUGAUCCAACAAAGAGUGCUUAA